AUGGGUGAAGAGGGCGCGCAUAAGUACUUUCUGCAGUGGAAUGACUAUUUCGUGCGUCGCAUCAAGAAGCAGCAGGAAGCCAGGGGCCGCAAGGGAGAUGUCAUCACUUUCAGCCACUUUCUGCCAACCUCCGACUUGCCUUGCGGCGGUGCUCCUGUCAAGGCCAGCGGCUGCCUCCAGCUGGAGGAGCAGAUCCAGGCCGUGGGAGCGCCGAUCCACAUCUUCGGUCACACGCACAUGAAUAUUGCCUAUGCGACCCGCGGUGUGCGAUACCAGCAGCUGAGCCUCAUGGGCCCGGAGUACGGACUGUGCGAGCGCCAGACUUUCCUCAAGCUCCACGACAAAACAUUGGCAGUGACUCUCGGCGGCCUUGUGAGUCAGGAAUUCUAA